UCCAUGGUGGAGGGUCGGAGUCUGUUACUGUUGCGGACUGCAGCGUGGCGUUGCCUCUGAGUUAGGUUUCGGUUACGCUUCGCUUCUAUAACGUGAUUUUCCCCGCCACAUAUUUUAUUAUUUCUCCGAUUUCUCCCUUCCAUUCUGGCUGCAGCAGCCAAAUCCAUCCCCCCACCGGCGCACCCCCUUGUUGUUCUUCUCCCCAUAUCCCCCCUCUCCGCCAUUACUGCCCGCCGGCACGUGGAACCAGACUGAGGUUAGGUCUGCUGAUUGUAUGAUAGAUGGCUGAUCUAUUUCAGGCUACGUCGGAGGAUCUUUGGCGAGGGAGUAUUUAUGGUAGUUGGGGCACUGUUUUGGUCAUCGUCUUCAUUUCAAUUUGUCAUCUGUUUCGUUUCAAGAAGAAUGGUUGGUCUCUUCUCUCCCGCUUACAAACCCCGUCUGUCGUCGCCGAUCGUCAGAUAUCUAAUGUAUCUCCUUCAUUUCCUCCACAAUCGAGAAUAAUGGAGACUAUUUCAGAUACAGAUUUGAAGGCUUUAUUGGAUGAUUUGGAUGGAAGGCUAAAUGAGAAUGAGAAAUGGGAACGUGUUAUAGAAAAAAGUAAUGAUAAUCUUUCAUAUAGUGCUAAAUGCUGCAAGCCUAAGGAUGGUCCCUUGAAAUACUCGAGUGUGACAAUAUUUGAGAAUUGCUGUCCAGAAUUGUUGAGAGAUUUCUACAUGGACAAUGACUUUAGAAAACAGUGGGACAGUACUGUGCUUAUGCAUGAGCAGCUACAAAUGGAUGAGACUAGUGGAGUUGAAGUCGGUCGCACCUUAAAGAAGUUUCCUUUAUUGACGCCUAGGGAGUAUGUACUAUCAUGGAGAUUAUGGGAGGGGAAAGAUAAAACCUUUUACUGCUUUACCAAGGAAUGUGAACAUCCCUUGGCACCACGCCAGAAGAAGUAUGUCCGAGUGACAUUUUUUAGAUCUGGUUGGCGAAUCAGGAGAGUACCCGGCAGAAAUGCAUGUGAGAUCAGUAUGUUGCACCAAGAAGAUGCUGGUUUGAACGUGGAAAUGGCAAAACUUGCCUUUUCAAAGGGAAUAUGGAGCUUUGUCUGUAAAAUGGAUAAAGCAUUACGCAAAUACGCUUUAAUCAACAACCCUCCAUCAAGUUCACUCGUCACUGCAACUACUCUGAUUAAAAAGGUUCCAGAUGGAUUUGAAGACAUGAAUGACAUUGUCUCUAAAGCUGUCUCUAAAGCAAACAUUGUAGAAACCGAGUCGUCCUGUGGACAAGUUUCAUCAGGAGAGAAAAAACUGUCGAGGGCAUCGAAAAAACUCGUGGCCAAGAGCUUGCUUCUACUUGGUGGUGUGAUCUGCCUGUCGCGAGGUCACUCUAGUCUUGGUGCCAAAGUUGUUGUGGCAUAUAUUCUUACAAAGCUAAACAAGCGAGCUGAUGCACCAGGAGCUCAAAUGGCAAAUAGGGAGGCGUAAUUGUGUAACAUAGUGGAGGGAGGAAGGGAGGAGGGGAUAUAAAGGAUAUAACCAUCUUUUCUUGUUACCAUCGGUCCUUUUCAUUGAACUGGUGAAAAGUUGAUCGGUUUUUUGUUUAAAGAAACGCGAAUUCAAAUAUUUGUAUCAUACGUACAAUAACUUGUGGACUGGUUCAUUUGUGCCUUGAUCGUAUCUAUGUCACAAAUAUGAGCUGCGUUUAAUCAAAUGUUAUUGAAAGUUAUAGUGUUCGGAUA